GAGUCUGCUGGGCGGAGUGGAAGGGACGUGAUUGGAUGAGUGACUGUGACGCAGGGGACAUGAAAAAGCUGAUAACUAGUUAAGAAGGCAGUUUGUAACUCUGGAAAAAGAGUGCAGAGCUUGAGACACAAUACGCAGAGGACGUGAACGAACCGGCGCAAAACACAGAGAGCUGAGCCGUCUUGGCAGUGUGGGGCCGUUAAGACACUGCAGCGUCCGGAAACAAAGUGACUUUGAAACAGGACAAUGGUGCAGCACACGGACAACAGCGAGACGGAUGGGAGCAUGUCCAGGGAGGCUACCGAUUCGGAGGAGAGUGAAUUUAUGGCAUGCAGUCCGGUAGCGAUAAACCCGGACUGGUGCAAAACAGCCACCGGUCACAUCAAGAGACCCAUGAAUGCAUUUAUGGUGUGGUCCAAAAUCGAGAGGAGAAAGAUAAUGGAGCAGUCGCCGGACAUGCACAACGCAGAGAUUUCCAAGCGCCUGGGGAAGAGGUGGAAGAUGCUCAAGGACAGCGAAAAGAUCCCGUUUAUCAGAGAAGCCGAGAGGCUGCGGCUAAAACACAUGGCUGACUACCCCGACUACAAGUACAGACCGAAGAAAAAACCAAAGCUCGACAGUUCAAAAUCAUCAGCACCGUCUCCGGAGAAGUGCGGCAAGAUUGCAAAGACUCCCAACAAGAAGAGUUCAAAGAUAAAAACUAAGAGCGGCUCGAAAUCCACGCACGGCUACGCGGAGGACUGCGUGUUUCCCAGCUUAAAAGUUGCAAAAACUGUGAAGAGUGAGCUCACCGAUGAGGACGAUGACGACGAGUACGAAGAGGACUACCGGAUGGGGAUUAAGCCGGGUGAGGAGGAGCGCCUGAGGCCGUACAAUGUAGCCAAAGUUCCCGCUAGUCCAACUUUGAGCUCCUCGGCCGAGUCCGAGGGGACGAGUAUGUACGAAGAGGUGCGGAACAACAACAGACUGUUUUACAGCAUCAAAAACAUUACCAAGCAAAGUACAUUGCACGCUGCUUCCGUCUCACCAGCAUCCUCCAGGUCGGUCUCCACAUCCUCCUCCUCGUCCAGCAUCAGCUCCUCUUCCGGCGACGACGCGGACGAUUUGCUGUUUGACUUUAGUUUAAAUUUCGCUCCCAGCGCCCCGGGCUCUGAGCUGGGCAACCCCAAUUCAGGAAACCUCUCCCUGUCUCUUGUGGAUAAGGACCUGGACUCGUUCAGUGAGGGCAGCCUGGGCUCUCACUUUGAAUUCCCAGACUACUGCACGCCAGAACUCAGUGAGAUGAUUGCCGGGGACUGGCUGGAGGCGAACUUUUCCGACCUCGUCUUCACAUACUGAAAAACCCCCCCCCGAAAAAAACAGUUGAGCUAGUAAUAACAGAGAAGGGAGAUAUGAAAUUAUAUAUGUCCUGGUCAAAUUGUCCCCAGCCCUGCCUCCUGUGGUUUUUUUUUUUCUUUUUUCUUAAGGGUCCUAGAGGGAGGUGGAGGACCAGGAGGCGAGGUGAGGUUUGAGGAAUGAGAUGCUUAUGAAGCUGGUAGCAAAAAAAAAAAAAAAAAAGUCUGCAGACUUUUUUAUCUGGCAGCAUGACAGGGUUUUAUGGAUUGUUUUCCCUCGUAGGUCUGCAUUUACUGUUCAGCUUAAAACGGACCACAAAGGGAAAAUACAUGAACUUCUAUGCAUCUUUUCCUCUUAAAACAACAACGACAACAACAACAACAAAAACUGCAGGGAGCUGAACACGGACUGUGUGGACUGUCUCAAAGCAAAUCUGUGAACUGACAAAUUGUUCAGGAUGUUACUUUACAACGGUUUAUGUAAUUUUUUCUUAAUGCCGCAAAUGUUUGUUUGUUUGUUUUGUAACUGAUUCCGUUUUACCUCCUGGUUUGGAAAAAUUAAGCAGCCUAAACCUCUUCAGAAUACAAGUGUGGAGGAAACAUUUUGAUACAUAACAGACCUCAUCUUUUUAAAAGAAAAGUAAGAUAUUUUCAGGCAUAUUUUUGUACAGUUGCAAAGGGAAUGUUCUUACUGUGCUUUCAGUGAGUUUCAGGCACUUCUUCCCUUUAUCAUUUGUUUUUAGCAUGCAAGGGAGUCCUGGUUUUAAGGAUUAAGUUAAAUUAAAACUUGCAUCAAAAAUGCCUUGUGAUUUUAAACUAGGUUUUGUACAGUUGUAGAGCAGAUUUGUUGAGUAUUUGUAGACGAUACAAUGGCAUCAUGGGGAACACAUACCUCAGAGCUGGAACUAGUUUCAAGAUUGUAUAUGUACUGUAAUAUAGUAAAGUUAGGAGUUUAUGUAUAUCAUACUCGUGAUAUGUGGAUGGGUCCCAAUCGCAGGUGUGAAACUGGAUUUUGGUAUUUUUUAUGGCACAUACUGUUUUUCCCCCCUUCUCAUUUUUUUGUGCAAUAUAUACUCUUAAGAUACAGACCAUCAACAAUUGUAGCAAGUGAUGGAAAAACAGACUUGUGCACUGUCGACAUCAUUUCAUGUUAUGAUGCUGAAGCCUGUCCAGGCAGGAAAAUAAACAAAUCAGCUGGAACUGAUACAAAACAAUUUAAUAUGGCCUCAUGGUGUGAUACAUGCUAUUGAAACACAUUGAUAUCACAAUUUGAAUGUUAUUUGACGCAUGAUAUCAGAUAAUGGGCAUAUCUGACACCAAACAUCUUAAACCUGACUGCAAAUUAGGGAAAAAAAAUCAUACUAACUCCAAAAGGGCAUAGUCUGAUACAGUGGUGGUCUGGCAUUUUUAACAAGCAAGCAAAAAAAGAACAUUCCAUAGUCCUGUUUCAUGAAAUGAAACUUUAUUUUAAAACUGAAGACUGCCUUCUUUUUUUAAAACAUUAACCACAAACCUGUAUUUUUUAUUUCUUGCACUUAAAAAAAGCAGAUAUUGUUUAUUUUUAUGUGGGUCUUACAUAUGAAGUUUGUUUGAUAAAAAAAAAAAAAAAGGUUUUGGAAUAUGACCUAAUUAUAUGCCAAGACAUUUUGUUGGGAAGUUCUAGGCAGUAGUUACUUCACAUUCCAAGUGUGAAUCUGUCUCUGACUCAUCUUUUAAUAAAUAAGUACCUACCACCAUCGACUGUCCUUUCAGUUUGUGAAUAUAUGUACACAGAUGUGUUAUUUGUUGCGUUUGAAAAGGAUGUGAUGACGGAAUGAUGCCUAUUUUGUAUUUAGGCGGAUUCUUUAAAUGGAUGGGCUCAAACUACCAUGUGAAUUCACAUUUAAUAAAAAGAAAAAAGGAA